AGUGAAUAUGAGCUGUGUUGUGGCGUACUGACAUAUAGAAUAAGUGCAAUUCACUGCAUCGUGGUGUGGUGGACGAAUCUCGGGUGGUCAGCAACAGGGGACAUGGUCACUUGUCCUCAUCUCUCAAUCUGUCUCCAAUUUGUCUCUCCUCAUUCAACUUCCCUCUUUUCUAUCUACACGAUAGCCCCAGGAUAGAGCUAAAAUCUGUACUAUAUCAUCAUUCCUUCUUUUAGUCUGCUUUUCGGAAAGCCCGAAGAUACUCAUACCAGUGGCCACCACUUGCACAUGGUGACGCAUAUUGUUGUUAUUAUGAACCUGUGAUUGCAAUUGCUCUCCAUUCCAACUCGUUAUAGAUCGACCUCAACUUCUGAAAUGGCUUCUAGCGCGUUUGCAGAAGGGGCCCCUCCACCAUCAGAGGAAUCUGGCAGCGCCCCGGCCAACAUUGCCCUUCAUGUCCUCAGUCCUUCGUUGCCUCCUCCCAGUCGCUUUACCCUCAACGAUUUACCUCGUUCGACCACAGUGACCGACUUAAAGACUCGUAUUUCGCAAUCGAUACAGAGCCAGCCAUCCCCAGGGAGCCAGCGCUUGAUAUAUCGGGGAAAACCUCUCAUGAAUCAGAAUGAGACGUUGCAGACUAUCCUUGAACCGCCAGACGAGUCGGAAUACUCAAUACAUCUGGUCCUUCCUCCAGCUCCUGCACCUUCUGCUCCUUCCUCUGCGGACUCGCCAUCGGCCGCGCCUGCCCCAACUCAAGAGGCAAACCCCAUCAAUCCUAUGCGCAAUCCCUUCUUCGCGACCAAUGCCACUCGACUUGCUGCACCGAAUCUUCCAAAUGCUCAAGGAAUCAGAUUUCGAGGAAAUGCGCCAACGCCCCCUAGAGCAAACGAAGCGGACUUGACACAGUUGAGGCCUACAAUUGAGGCGAUCCGCCGACAGGUAGAACAGUUAGAAAGAGGCGGAAACCAGCAGGCACGACCAGUGUCGCAGGCAACCGCGACCAACCCGUCUGGUUCUCACGUGCAGUCACCAUCUUUUCCGCAGCAGGCUGCCUGGCAGCGAAUGUCACACGGCUUCUCAAAUCCAUCGAUUUCUGCUAUACCACAGCAUCCUUCAUCAGUUACCACCACUAAUUCUUCGUUACAUUUCAACAUGCCGUCGACUAUGCCUUCGACUACAUCAUCAACUGCGAGAUCGUCAGUCGCAGAAAGUGACCUUACGGACUUUACCGAUAACCAGCAACUCCAGCUGCAAAUCCUACGCCAUCAGAUCGCACUAGGCGAGGACCAGCUUAGCCGGGGGAUCGCACCUCCGUUUGACCAUAUCGUGCGAUUGCGAACCCAGUUAUUCCAAAUUCUCGAUGAUCAAUAUCGCAACCCACUUGCUCGACGUGAUGGAUCCGUGGAGUCGUUGCUCACCCGCGUCUCCAACAUGUACAAUCGAGCGGAUCAGCUCCGUAUUCUGCAAGCGCGAUCGAGCAUCAGUCUGCAAAACAACCUUGGAAGUUCUGUCAUGAAUCCCGAUCCCUCGACAGCACCUCUAUACCUACUUUCCUCGCCAGACGGCCACCAAAGCAUUAUAACCUCACCAGGUGGAACAGGGACGAUCCAGGCAGCACUCCGCGCAGCACAUAUGCCUACGACAACCACAUUUACCCGCACCACUGGACAAGCACCCGAAGCGCACGCGCAACCAAAUCCAGCUGUUAUGGAGAACGUUGUCCGUCAAGCUGUCCUUAACCACCAACUCCAUAACCAAGAUCACCAACUUGGACUUGCCCGGACCAUUAGGCGAAUGUGGCUGUUCAUCCGGUUAUACUUCUUCUGCUACAUGUUUAGCGAACCUGGUACUUGGACGCGAAUCUUCUUUGUCUGUUUAGCUGCCAUGAUUUCACUAUUGUCAGAUACGGGCAUCCCGCAGCAGUUAUAUAAUAUGUUCGUCGCCCCUGUCCAGCGCCAUAUGGAAGGAGUCAUUCAGAUUCCCCGACUUCGACGACCUUCUGCCAGCCAGAACGCCGCGGACCCCACAAGACAACCUACCAGAGACAACCACCGCGAAGCUCAACCUGCCGGACUGCGACACAAUGUCAGACGAGUGGAACGAUCUCUCCUGUUUUUCAUGGCCAGUUUGAUCCCCGGCGUCAGCGAGCGAUAUGUCGAGGUCAACAACGCAGUCGUAGCAGAAAACGCUCAACGUGAACGUGAAGAGGAGGAAACCCGUCGUCGACAGGAAGAAGCCGACCAGCCUGACGCGGGUGCCGACAAUAUGGAUCAAGAGACGGCCACUCCUCAUGCUCAUCCGGAACGAACCGUGACGAAUGCGAAUGAAAGAUACACUGCGAUACCCCAAGAGGAAGAUAGAUAAGCAGAACAUGGAUUUUUCUUUUUUUUUUUCUUCUCAAAAUUUCUCUUCUUAAGCCUUUUUUUUGUUCUCAACAUUAGCGUGUUGUCGUUUUCUUAUACUUCUUUGUAUCUUAGCGUUGCGGAAUAGGG